AUGGACUCGGGGGAAGGCGACGGCGAUGCACAAGGAGGAGCUCACGAGGCAGAGGAGGCCAAGGGGAGCAGGGAGGAAGAUGACGACAAUGAAGAGCGUGAUGAUGUCCACUGUGCUCUCGUGGGCGUGUGGCGCUUUGCAUCGUUUCUGGGUGCCCCCAUGCUAGUGUACGAAUUCAUUUCAAAUAGAAGCUUGGAGGACAUUCUUCACAACGAUACAAACAAGCUUCUCAGCCUGGACGUACGUCUAAGUAUUCUUCAUCAAUCAGCAACUGGCCUAAAUUAUAUGCACUCGGAAACAAACAAUAAAAUUUUGCAUGGUGAUGUGAAACCAGCAAACAUACUCUUGGGUGACAACCUUCAGCCGAAGAUCUCAGAUUUUGGCAUAUCUAGGUUGAUUGCAAAAGUCAAGGAACACACUAAAAACAUCAUAGGCGGCAUCACUUAUAUGGAUCCAGUAUACUUGAGAACUGGCAAAUUGACCGACAGAAGCGAUGUCUACAGUUUUGGACUUGUCAUCUUAGAGGUCAUUAGCAGGAAGAGGGCCACUCAUUCUGAAAAUAACAGCUUACUGAACAGCUUCCUGGAUUGUCACCGGGAAGGAAAGAAAGCAACUGAGCUCUUUGAUAAAGAAAUUGCAACGACAGGAAAUCUAGAAAUUCUGGACAAACUAGAAGAAAUUGCUAUGCUGUGUCUUAGAAUGGUUGUCGAUCAAAGACCAUCAAUGAAAGAAGUUAAACGGCAGCUUGACCUACUGCAGGGAUCGGAUACGCCCUAG